AUGACCGGGUUUGAGUCCAGGGAAGAGGCACUGCAGUGCAGACCGAGCUGCAGACUGUCUGAGAAACUGCAAGUCACCUUUUCGGCUGGGAAAAGACAAAAUACCAUGGGAAACGCACCAUCUGAACCAGCACCACCAUCCCUGGAACUGGAGAAGCCAUGGAGAAAAUUUGACUGGAGACAGAAAAAUGAGCUGAAGAAGCGUUUAGAGGAGUUCUCUGUGAGUCAUCCAGAUGUAAAGUGCAUCAAUAUCCUGGUUGCUGGACAAAUCGGUGCAGGGAAGUCCAGCUUUAUUAAUUCUGUCAAUAACACAUUCCAAGAACGAAUGACAAGUUCGGCACUGGUUGACUCAUGUGGAGGCACUAGUUUUACAAAAGAACUAAAAGUACACCGAGUCAGAGGUGUAAAAGGGGAUUUACCUUUUUACUUGAGUGACAUCAUGGGUUUAGAAGCUAAAAUACUGGCAGGGACUCUGCCGGAGGAUGUCAUAAAAACCAUAUAUGGAUAUGUGAGGGAUGAAUACAAAUUCAACCCAGAGAUGUCAAUCAGUGACAAGAAUCAAGAUUACGUCAAUGACCCGUCACUCUCAAACCAAGCUUUCUGCCUGGUUUAUGUCGUGGAUGCAAAAACAGUCCAAUACAUAGAUCAAGGACUUAUUGAUAAGCUGAAGAUAAUCCGCCAUGCCAUCAGCCAUGACAGGAUUCCUCAAGUGAUCGUUAUGACAAAAGUGGAUGAAGCCUGUCCACUAGUGAAGGAAGACCUAAGAAAGAUCUACACCAGCAAGAAGAUCAAAGAGAAGAUGGAGAUGUGCAGUGAAGCCAUUGGUGUGCCAGUGAACUGCAUCUUCCCAGUCAAGAACUACUGUGAGGAGAUUGACGUGGAUGAUGAUGUUGAUGUUCUCAUUCUGAAGGCAUUUGACCAAAUUGUAAACCUUGCUAAUGACAGAUUGAGAGACAGAGCUUCAGAGUAAAGUAAAAUGUAAAGGCAUUACUGUAAAUGCAGCCAUUUUUUUUGUGUAUAUCAAGAGAUACCUAAUGCUGUGUUCACACCAGACGCGGAAGAAGAGAGUGAUUUACAUGUUUAGUCAAUGCAAAUCCGGGAAUAGACACUGUCCUCAUGCCACCAUAUGAGAGAAAAAGGCUGAACACCCUUAUCCCUUAUUAAAGCUCUCUGUCCUUAUCAUUUAUUAUUAUAUAGUUAUAAACUACAGGUGCUGACGUGCAUCUGUUGUUGGUGUCCCAGGGGAAAUCCUUCAGCUGACACAUCAAACUGGGCUCGCCUCAGUCAGAAGCAAUGCUGAAGCCUUCAUCAUCCAGGUUAAGUUUCUGGAGGAGUUUAUGAACUAACAGAUCUGGAUGCACUUCUGAAAGGAUCUAGUGGACUCCGACACGACCCUUAACCUAUCGACGCUGUUUUUCAGCCUUCUUAAAGCACAUAAACACAGUUAUUUUCUCAAUAAAAUCCAUGUUAGCCAUUUAGCAACAAAGCUACAGUCACCGGGCAGACAGAAGCCCUGCCCAUCAUGCUAAUCCGCAUCUCUUCUGAAGGGAAUUUGACGCGCAAAUGAAGCGGAUUUGACGCGAAGGAAUCGGGGUUUGAGGCGUGAAUGAAGCAAGUGAACUCAAAUGUUCACACGGCCAUUUACGCGUGGGUAUCACGAUUUAUCUGCUCGUUCCGCGUCGGUUGUGAACACAGCAUAAGAGCUACUUUUUCAGCAAAAAUUAAACAUGAAAAGGUUGUGCAAAAAAAAAAAAAAAAAGAGACCGGCUU